CAAAAAUAACCAAAAACAUACUGGGAAUUUACUGGGAAUUAUCUGAAGAAAUAAAGUGCCUGGUCAUAAAAUGAUCCCCAAAGCCUCUAUUAUAUUAUACUUAUAAAAGAUUUAUCAAAUAAAGUGAUGGAGUACCUGGUGAAGUACACCAAGGAGGGAAUCUUCACUCAUGCGGCAUGCUCAGCUGAGGAUACAGGGAGACUGAAGAGGGCUGGCACAGACAAGCUGCUCUCAAUAUUUGAGCAGUAUGCCUCUCUGGAGAAAGAUGGCCAGAAAUACAUGACGCCCACCGACUUUAUCCGCAACUUCCUGGGAUGGUUCAAAGAAGACAACUUCAACCCAGAGUCGGUCAAAUUGCUGGCAGGCAUCAUUGAUACUAGCAAAGAUGGGCUCAUCUCGUUCCCGGAGUUCCAGGCGUUCGAGGGCCAGCUGUGCGCCCCAGAUGCGCUCUACCACACGGCCUUUCAGCUGUUUGACGCGCGCGGCUCCGGCGCCGUCUCGUUCGAGGAGUUUAAGGAGGUUAUCACACACACCACGCUUCACCAGCAGAUCGAGUUCGACUGUGACAGCGACUUUGUCAAGCUGUACUUUGGCAAGGACCGGAAGCGGCUCAUCCCCUACCACGAGUUCAGUCAGUUUAUACAUGACUUCCGCGAGGAGCACGCGGUCCAGGCGUUCAAACGGUACGACAAGACGGGCACGGGCUUCAUCACGCCGGUAGGCUUCAACAGCAUCAUGAUGACCAUCAAGCACCACCUGCUGACGCCGCAAGUCAAGGACAACCUGGUGGCCGUGGCUGAUGGCCAGAAUGUCAGUUUCCCGUUCUUCAUGGCCUUCAACUCGCUGCUGAACAACAUGGAGCUCAUCAAGAGGAUCUACCUACAGGCGUCCAAUGGCAGUCGAACGGCUGAGGUCACCAAAGAGGAGUUUCUGCAGUCGGCGCAGAUGAUGUCACAGAUCACGCCACUGGAGGUGGACAUUCUGUUCAAACUGUCCGGACUCAUCCAGCAGACCAACCGCCUGGUGUAUGCCGACCUGCAGGCGAUGGCGCCCGAACAGUACAUGAAACAGGUCACCAAAAAGUACACAGACAUCAAGGCCGUGGAGUCCCCGGACCAGCGCGGCGCGCUGAUCCAGGUCCUCGAGAGCGUCUACCGCUUCUCACUGGGCUCUGUGGCAGGAGCGGUGGGAGCGACGGCCGUGUACCCCAUUGACCUGGUGAAGACGCGGAUGCAGAACCAGCGGACGGGCUCAUUCAUCGGCGAGCUCAUGUACAAAAACUCGUUCGACUGCUUCAAGAAGGUGGUGCGGUUCGAGGGUUUCUCGGGCCUCUACCGCGGCCUGAUCCCGCAGCUGGUCGGCGUGGCACCCGAGAAGGCCAUCAAGCUGACCGUCAACGACCUGGUGCGCGACAAGCUCACCUCCAAACAGGGCACCAUACCCAUCUGGGCUGAGGUGCUGGCCGGAGGCUGUGCCGGCGGCAGUCAGGUGGUGUUCACCAACCCGCUGGAGAUCGUCAAGAUCCGACUGCAGGUGGCAGGAGAGAUCGCCGGCGGACGCAGCAUCAGCGCCAUUGGCGUCAUCAAGGACCUCGGCUUCAUGGGACUCUACAAGGGAGCGCGCGCCUGUUUCCUGCGCGAUAUCCCGUUCAGCUGCAUCUACUUCCCGGUGUACGCGCACAGCAAGCAGCUGCUGGCCGACGAGAACGGCUACAACGCGCCCUACACGCUGCUGGUGGCCGGCGCCAUCGGAGGUGUGCCGGCCGCCUCGCUCACCACGCCCGCCGACGUCAUCAAGACGCGACUCCAGGUGGCGGCACGAGCCGGCCAGACUACCUACACGGGCGUGUUCGACGCCGCCCGAAAAAUCUACAGCGAGGAGGGCAUGAAGGCCUUCUGGAAGGGAGCGCCUGCGCGUGUGUUCCGGUCGUCGCCCCAGUUCGGCGUCACGCUGCUCACCUACGAACUGCUGCAGCGCGUCUUCUACGUGGACUUUGGCGGACUGCGACCGGCCGGCUCGGAGACGUCGGCGCCGCUCUCGCUCACCGAGGCCGUCAAACAGGAGAACCCGGCGCACGUCGGCGGCUAUCGCGUGGCCGUGCCCAUCCUCGAGGGCCUCGAGACCAAGUUCGGCCUGGCGUUCCCGCGCCACGCGCCGACUCCCGCGCCGGCGGCCGCCUCGUAGCGAUUCGGCGCCGGCUCGCUACCAUCUAGUGCAUUGUUGACCGUAGUCUGGUGAUGAGAGGCGUUUGAGUGGCGCCGGGCCGCCCGGCGGCAGGCUAGCUGGGUCCCGUAGUGGGGCUGUUGUUGCUGUUUUUGAGAUUGUUACGGACGGGACUGGCGGCGCGGGGCCGGCUGCGCCGAUAGGUUUGACUCCUUUCUCCCUGUGUGGAGUGUGGCGCGGGUGUGGAGAGGGAGACGUGGCGAGAUGUUUUAGGGCCGGUGGUGUGUCUGUCUUUCUCCGAGUGGACGUGGUUCUGCCGUAGGACAAUGAGCACUGCCGUGCGCCGGGUGUCCCCAGACGAGGGGCAGUCGGGACCGGGGCUGGGUGGCGGCCGGCAGGAGAGUAGUUUUAAACUUAGCCUCAUCUUUGGCCAGCGGUCGGUCUGUGCUCGCCAGGUCGACUGAGUUCGCCUCAAUCACAAACAGACGGUACCAGGAUGUCAAACUGUAGUACCUGUGCGCUCGCGCAGGGGCCUCUGUACGUGGACGAGUGUUGGCCUGCUGGGCGGCUGGUGACGGGCGGUUCUGAUCAGUUGGUACGGCGCUGCCGCAGUCGCCGGCGCGUGCCGGGCUGUGUGACGCCAGAGACGCUCAGGGGAGGAAGACUCGGGCGGGAUGUGGAGCAGGUCACCGGUCACGGAGUAGCACGCUGGCAUCCUUAGCAAUGGGCCGCUGCCCACCAGUCCGCCCGCUUCCUGGCUAUCAGACAAUGUCAUACAGGGUCAUACGCCGAGUCAAUCGUUUUUGUGCGUUUUGUCGAUUUUAAGCACAGCGAAUAAUAUAAGGGUGGCGAUUUUGAGUCUCAGCUCCACCUCGCGUUGCUCACAUGUUAUGGGAAAGUUCCUGGCACAAUCAGUAAUAACUCGGUGUUUUACCAUGCCUACGAUCUUACUGCUUCCGAAAGUGCUUUGGCAAUGUCCAUCCAGAGAGGGUGUUUUGGCCCAGCGGCCGUUGGCCUGUUUGUCGGCUGGUUUGAUAGAGUUUUAGCGUGACGUGUCCUCGAUCUGGGACGUACCGGUCCGACCGAGGGGCCGCGCCAGUCACCGGGGAUCGCCGGCCGGUCACUGGGGACUGCCGGCCGGUCACCGGGGGUCGCCGGCCGGUCACUGGGGACUGCCGGCCGGUCCGCCAGCGUGUGACACCCUCGCGCCUUCUGUAAAUAUACCUUAUCACGCAGGAA